AUGGACGAUAGAUGGGUGCGUAGCAAACUAACACCGCCUACUUUUCUCGACGAAACCUUCUCUCCGUGUACCGUCAUUUAUCUGUCAUACGUCGCUCCUUCUGCACUUGGUCUCCUGCAGAGCAGUCGCGUGAAGUUUGAUACGAGAGAUGCAUGCAGGUCAGCAUCUGUGGAGUCUUGCGUUCCAGGCUUCCUAUUCCGAGAAGUUGGAAUGUCGGACGCGUCGAACUCCUUUUCAGCUUGGGAAACUCUGCCGGAGGACGAGCCUCCGCUGUGCAUCGCAGCUCCACUCCCAGAGUCACCUCCACGCCACUAUGAGGCGGUAAACCUUUGUGGAGGCUCAGGAGAUGACGACCAGGAAAGUGAUAAUUACACUCACUCGGAUUCAUGGUCUGACACUUGUCUUACAUGA